CACACACUCACACACUCAUGCACGGCUGGAUGUUGUGUCGUUAGGCUGCACGUGAGGUGUGUGCGUGCCAGCAAUGGACCUGAAGGAGGGCUGUGGAAGCGAGGCCAGCCGUGAGACUGAGAGUGGAGGCAUGGGGAGCCUGGGAGGCCCCACGUCUUGGCAGUCCUUUGCCCAUCGAAGCACCCUGCACAGUUUACGCUUCAUCUUCCCCUACUCCACUUCUUCCUCCCCCUACCGCUCCACUUCACGCCGUCUGCUCUGGAGCGCGGCCUUGCUGGCCAGCCUGGUCCUACUUGUCCUGGAGAGCACCGAACGGCUGGCGUACUUCCUCUCCUACCCCCACGUCACUAGUGUGGAUGCUAUGGUUUCUGGCAGCCUAGUCUUUCCCGCCGUCACCGUCUGUAAUCUGAACGCCUACCGUUUCACGCGUCUCACGCAGAAUGACCUCUACCACGCCGGGGAACUGUUGGCCCUGCUGGACGUGCACCUGCAGAUCCCUGAGCCGCACCUGGCCGAGCCCCACGUGCUGGCCUUUCUCACGGAGAAAUCCAACUUCACUAACUAUCGGCCCAAGCCAUUCAGCAUGCAGGAGUUCACUGAACGAGUGGGCCACGACCUGAAGGAGAUGAUGCUCUACUGCCGUUUCCAGGGCCAGGAGUGCAGCCACCAGGACUUCAAAACGGUCAUGCCAGAGCUCCAGUAUAAAGUUCCAGCCUCGCCUAUUGAUCUGUGUGCCAAACGCUUUCCUCGCUUAGAGUUUAUGAGAGGUGAUGAGAGCUCAAGUAGCCGUCCACUUCCUCAGGCUCUGCUGUCUUAA